UCAUCUCCAUCCAUCCAUCCAUCCACCAUCAUGAUGGUGAAGAAGAAACCAGAUACGAAUCACACUAUUCUAUCUACAUCUGGAACCUUCUCAAUUACUACUUUACUUCCACCUGUCUACCAACCUGUCAACCCCCAAAUCCCCUCCCAUCCCUUAUUCAAAAUCGACGCUGCUAAGUUUCUACACCUUUCUUCAUCCCAAAGCAAUCCAAACUUUGCUGAUUAUGGCGGUUUUGUAUUUUACCUAUCAUCCAAUUCUACUAUAUAUAUUUAAUAUUCCUCAUCUUCCAUAAAAACCCAUCAAGCCCUCUUCAUCAACUUCCUAAAAAAAACCUCUCAAAUUCUUCAAAAACAGAGCAUUAAUUACCUUCUAUUCAGCGAUCAAUAUCAACCAUGACAGGCAAGCCUGAGGAACCACAAACCAACCCACCACCACCGCCGCCGUCAUCGUCAUAUCCGACGAAAUCGAAGUCCGAUGAGGAUACAAAGAAGUGGGGGACCCACAUCAUGGGGCCGCCGGCAGUGCCGACCGCGCACCCGGAUAACCAGAAGGCUGCCACGUGGAGCGCCGCCGAUCACCAGCAGUUGUUCCACCAGCAACACCCUUACCUGCAAUACUCGCCAGUGGAUAAACCCAGCAACAACCCUUUUGAACCUGUGAUUGAUAUGUUUAAUUCUUGGAGCAAAAAAGCUGAGGCUGUUGCUAGAGAUAUUUGGCACAAUCUGAAAAUGGGGCAUUCUGUGUGUGAAAGUGCAUGGGGAAAGUUUAAUCUGACGGCCAAAGCUAUGGCAGAGGGUGGAUUCGAGUCCCUUUUCAAGCAGACCUUUCCAACUGAACCCAACGAGAAGCUGAAGAAUACAUUUGCCUGUUACCUUUCCACCACCACCGGCCCGGUCGCUGGAACCCUUUAUCUGUCCACGGCUCGAGCGGCUUUCUGCAGUGAUCGGCCUAUGUCUUUCAUUGCUCCAUCUAGGCAGGAGGCUUGGUGCUACUACAAGGCUAUGCUACCAUUGGCAAACAUUGCAACAGUGAACCCCGUGAUUAUGAGAGAAAAACCAUCUGAGAAGUACAUACAAAUUGUGACAGUAGAUGGUCAUGAUUUCUGGUUCAUGGGAUUUGUGAAUUUCGAAAAAGCAUCACAUCACCUCUUAGACAGCCUCUCCGAUUUCCGAGCCACCGAACAUUCAGCAGCACAACCACCACCACCACCACCACCGGCUUGCUAGCUGAGGAUGCCGUGGAUGCACUCAUUGUUGGAUCCUUCGUCGUCCUCGAUUGAGUCUCAUGCAUAUAUCUAUCUGUGUGUUUGUUUCUGUGUUCAUUUGGCUCAUGUUGCAUCUUUCUUUCGUUUUGUGGAUUGAAUUUGUAUUUUACAAAUAUGAACUGAAAUAAUUUAUAUUUUUUCCUUUGUAUAUCGGUGGGUAAUGUUUGCUAUUUAUAUUGGGAUUCAUAUCCCUUAGCGA